ACGGAUUAUUGUGUUCCUAACAUCUCACUCACUAACUCAGGUGAGGAAGAACACUUUGUGGUUUUUGUUGUUAUAAAUUGUAUAAUCCAAAGAUUGUUCCAGAAAAGACCAGAAAAGGGAAAGAUGGUGGUGCUGUCAUCGGAGGAUGACUUCGACGAGGAGCCCGGCGAGGUUAUUGAAUCAGCGCCGCCGCAGAAGGUGGGAGAAGAGAGGCAACUCAGAGGUCUCAAGAAGAAGCUUCUCAGACACGGACACGGCUGGGAAACCCCCAACUUCAACGACGUCGUAACAGUUCACCGUGUUGGGACAUUGCUCGAUGGAGCGGCGUUGGGUUCUUCCACUUGGGACACGGAUCAACCCUUGACGUUUACUCUUGGCAAUGAUGAUGUUCCUGGGUUGGACCGUGGGAUUACGAGUAUGAAGAAAGGGGAGGUGGCAUUGUUCACAUUACCUGCAGAUGAUGAAGGUGAUGUUUGGCGUGAUUCCGACUCUGUUGUGCAGUUUGAGGUGGAACUCCUUUCGUGGAUCAGAGUAGUGGAUGUGUGCAAAGAUGGAGGCGUUAUUAAGAAAAUUGUGGAGCAGGGGAGUGGGAACGACCGCCCUUCUGAUCUCGAUGAAGUGCUUGUGAAGUAUCAGGUGGCACUAGUUGAUGGUACUGUUGUUGAAGAGACACCUGAAGGAGGAGUUGAGUUUUACGUGAAGGAUGGUCAUCUUUUUCCGAUUUUGCCAAAAGUGAUCAUGACUAUGACGAGGGGAGAAAAGGCCGAAUUAAUUGUCCAACCUCAGUAUGCCUUUGGGGAGACAGGAAGAGAUUCUGGAACUGGGCUCUGUCGAAUCCCUCCAAAUUCAGUACUGCAUGCUAAUAUUGAAUUGGUGUCCUUCAAGCCUGUGAUAAAUGUUACUGGUGACUCCAAGGUGCUUAAAAAAAUAUUGAAAGAAGGGGAGGGUGCUUUCACAGCCAAUGAGGAUGCACAUGUUACUGUCAGCUUCACAGCUAUGCUAGAAGAUGGCACGGUAUUUGAGAAAAGGAGAACUGGUGAAGAACAACCCUUGGAAUUCAUAACUGAUGAGGCCCAAGAUUUGAGGACCGCUCGCCCUUCCCCCUGGGUGCCACAGCCUGCCCCCAUCAUGGUUGUUCCCCCAACCUCCAAAGACAAGGGGAAAAGAAAAUCUUCCAAGGAGAAGUCUUCCACCUCCCAAAAAAGAAGCAAGAGGAGUUCUCCCGAAGGGCCUCUUCUAACGGGACCGCUCGACCCUAACGUCCGUGUAGCCAAGCGAGUGAGCAAUAACUUGUCGAGUGAAGAGAACGCAUUCUUCAAGUGGAUGACUUCUGAGGAGGCUGCGGACAUGGCCUUUGAGCUGAACGUGCGGGCGGGGAUUUGCAUGGCCUUCUCCGCAGGAACUCCUAAGGAGACCGCUUAUGCCGAGGAGUUACAGGCCGCCCAACAGGAUUUGGAGGUUGUCCUGAAAGCGAAUGAAGAUUUGAAUCGCCAACUGGAUGAGGCAAAGAAGGCUUGUGCGACCUAUGAAGAAGGCAAGAAAAUGGCUGCCUCUUCCCUUACUGAGGCCCGAACGACUUAUUGACAACUUUAGUAGGAGAUCGAUGACCUCAAGUUGAAUUAUAAAAGAGUGAGUGGCCGAUGCAAGGAUUUGUUAGCCGAGCGGGAUGCCUUGCUGACACAAAAGGCUGAGAUGACCAAAGAGAACUAGAUAUUUGGCAAUGCUAUUUAUGAUGAGCACAUUGCCGGCUUCAACAAGGCACUCACCCAAGCAAUUGUCUUCUUCAACAUCCCUACUGAUUUUGGAGGCUUCGAUGUCAUGAAACAUAUUGUUGAUGAGCAGUUGGUUGACAUACUAGUGCCUCCCGCUCAGGUCGAGGAAGAGCAAUUGGUCGAGCAGGAAGAGCCUCAACGCACCGAGGUUUAUGCUCAAGCUGAAGGGGCCAAAGUGGAGGAGGGGGAGGGGGACCCUGUGGGUGAGGAGGAAUGAGGGACCUCUUGGGGUGUUGAGGUGUUUAUAUUUUUCUAAGUUAUUUUGUAUUCAUGGUCAUUCGUCAAACGAAGCUUUUAAGUUAGGCCACCUUGUUUUCCGUUCGGCCUUCUUUUGUAUACCUCCAUACACAAUUGAUGAUUAAUUGAAUGAACACUUCACUUUUCAUAAAUUGAUUUUUUAUUAUUAUUAUUAUUAUUAUUAAUUUGAUCAAAUACAACUUUCAGUUGUCUAAC